UCAUGGUACAUGGCUGCUGUUAGGAUGCCUAUUGUUAGAAUGGGAGCUGUGGAAUGGUGCCUUGUUGUGGUGCUUCUUGUUGGGAGCAUGAAAGUCUCUUGUUUUCCUUUUGGUGAGUUCCAGAAGCCAGAUGGGAUCUCUCUGACAGGAAUUCAAGAGAAUCCGGACAAUGGCGGUUCCAAAAGCACACCUGCCACCACUCAUCAAAGUACAUUUGUAGUUACCGACAUGGCUAAUGACCUUGGCGAGGAACCCACGGCGGGCGAGGAACCCACGGCGGGCGAGGAACCCACGGCGGGCGAGGAACCCACGGCGGGCGAGGAACCCACGGCGGGCGAGGAACCCACGGCGGGCGAGGAACCCACGGCGGGCGAGGAACCCACGGCGGGCGAGGGACUUCUGUAGAGUUACUUUUCUGAUUGUUCUACAAAUUGAACUCUCCUUCAUCAGAGAUCCUGCAACCAUGUUGGAUGAUAUAUUGAUCCUGCAUUUGCCUGUAAUCCCUCAAUAAAACUGUUUACUUGUA